AUGGCAACUAUAGUACUCUGGGCGGUCUGGGCGAUCAUGGUUAUGCUGACAAUUUUGGUUAUCUCGGCGGUCUUGGCGGUGGUUCUUGGCAGCCUUGGUGAUCCCGGCAUGCAUGGUUCUGUUGGCGGUAUUGGUGGUGCUAGUCUUGGUAGUGGUACUGCUAUCGCUGGUCUUACUGGUCUCUCUGGCGGUCCCGGCAUGCUUGGCCCUGUCAAUGGCCUCAAUGGUGCUUAUGGUAUGCUCGGACCUGCUCCCGAAAGCGUUGAUUUUCCUUUGGGUGUUGUUGGAGGUGGUGUCCCUGCGUUGAUGGGUGUUCCUGCCGGUCUAGGUGCUAUUGCCAGUGGCGGUCCUGCAGAUCUGGGCGGUUUCAGUGCUGGUGCUCCCGCGAUGCUGAACCCUGGGGACCUUGGUGCUCUUGAUGCUCUUGGUGCUAGCAUGCCCAUGAUGGCUAGCGCUGCUGAUGUGGGUGGUAUUAUCGCUGGCCUCCAAGACGCUCGAAGUGGUAUCGCUACUGGUGUUCGAGGCGUCGCUUGA